AUGACUCAUGCAAAUAGUAAACGCGAGUUCUGGAGAGGUUUUUUCUGGCAGGAGGGCGGAUUAUCUCAGCAGAAAGUGCCAUCGUGCGCUAACGAGUCCAUGCCGCUUGACCGCUCCCGUGGUCGACUGAUUCACGAGUCUGGUGUGGAUUACUAUUCGCCAAAUUGCUCACGGAUGAUUCAAGUUCCAAAAGAAACAGACCCCAAUAAGCAGCAGUUUCCUAUGACUUUGGGAUGGAAAGACUUUACAGAGCCAAGAUGGUGGACAGACACUCAUGGUUGGCUUGCCUUUGUUCCUCGCGAACCAAUGCUGGACCUCGAUUUGCUCCAUGUCACCCGAAGACUUCUUGCAGCUUACCAAAUUGCAGCAAUCGCUCCAUAUUCUCCUCGGGCCAAGGGUUAUCGGGCGUCUUUCACACAACCCCAUUCUAUCAAAAAAGCUGCAAUGCUUUCUCGAGAUUGGUUUUUUGUCUGGAUGGGUUUACUAUCCUAUGGGGUGGCUCGAGCUGAGUUCUCGCUAGAGGCACAGAAAGAUUAUCGACAGCGGUGCGAAGACCAAGGAAAAGAUGCCAUUCUUGGAGUACCUGACUGGCGAUCAUUUUUGAAAGAGCGAAGCCUUGAUUACCCAAAUGAAAUUUGCUUUGAUUCUACCUGGGUGGAUACUAUCUCCGCUUCCACUGUUUGCGACUUUUCAAUUGAUAAUCCUCGGGCAGGGAUUUUCCUCAAGCUACCCAAUCAGGGACCUUCUGACCAUCAGCCUUCGAUUCGGUGGUUCUGUCAGAGAGGUAUACCUGUCUGGUAUAGAUGGGGUCCUGAAGAACGUGAAUUAGCUAAGCAAAGUGAAUUCUAUCGAGGUCUGGCACCGUUAACAGACAAUCCGGGUGCCCCAUCCUUGACCACCGACCCGCAACAUGCCAUUACGCUCGUUCCUGGGACCGCUGCACUUGCGAGGUCGUCUGGUUCAAAGUCGUGGCAGCAAUAUUUUGCAGACCUCGAAAAGGAAAAUUUUGAACGAGCAAAGGUGGAGUCUGCUAGAGAUCGUGAGAGACGACUGAAGCGCGAGCGCCAACCACCAACCCGGAGUGCCAGGGUGAUUGAGUGGGUUGAGCCUAUAAAUGGCGGAAACCAACUCAUUCCAGAGGAAAAAACAAUGGCAGAGCGCGUCGACAUUCUGGAGAUGUACGAAGACAAGUACAAACGCUAUGAUUCAUUCAAUAAUACAUGGCAUAUCUGUGAAGAGUUUGGAGCCGGCCUGCCAGAAACGUGGCAGGAGUCAGAGGACUAUCGAACGUUCCUUGGGGACUACACCAACGAGGAGAGAGAGGAAAUCGCACAGAUGGGGUUAGGCGAUGAACCCCCUCCCAUUUUGAAUACCCCCCUCCGUGCCCCCACUCCACCCACAAAUCCUGAACCAUAUGUUGAGACAGAUUUACCUUCUGACCAUCUUCAAGCCGUCAACAACCUGCGUCAGACAUCUCUGCUGGAGCUGUUGCAAAUUGGCGUCUUCCCAAUUCCACAAUCGCAUCCUGAAAUUUCUGAGAAGGAUAGACAACAUUUUGCCUGCUGGCUUGGUUUGGACACGGAUGACAAGCCAGAAAUGCGCCGACAAUUUGAGGCGUCUGAUAUAGCUCGGCUGUCUUUGCAAUUUGUUAAAAUUUUGGUAGCUGGCAAAUACUUGAUCCACGUUAUAGGGAGGCUGAUAUUGCCCGUUUUUUUGAUUGAGCGUGGGGUACCUUUCCGUACCCUGGUGUGGAAAAGUAUGAUGCCUAAGCCCCCCCCAAGUAUGCCCGUCAUCUAUCAGCUCCCUUCUCGUGGCCCCAAUUAUGUUUUCAGCAAGCGCGACUUUGAUAGCUAUAUUCACCUCCGAGAGAUUCUGGUCCGUCAACCACGUAUCCGUGCAGCUCUUCUUCGAGGGGGGAUGCCAUGGCGGUUAGUCAUCAGCUUUAUGCAUGCUGACAAAAUAUUGGGUGGUCCUGUGGGUGGUGGUCCCAUGCGAGAAGUUCAUCACCCUUCUGGUGAGACGCUUGUCGACGAUGACCUAACAGAUUUGGAACUGGAUUUGUUAUGCGGGACAUAUAUUUGUGACACAGGGCAAGGUCCCGUCAUAGCAUACAAAUCUUGGUUCCCACCAGCUUUUUUCUUUGAGAAGAAAGAUUGCGCGGAGAACUAUGGCCGGUGGACUGAUUACCGGGAAGCCAGAUAUAGGCGUCGUUUGUUGGAUAUUGAGCAACACGGGGCUCAACCAGAGCCUGUGUCAAGAUGGCGGGACCAGCUCAGGGGUUUAAAAGAGACGCGCUUGCUCAAUCAAAACAUGGAAAAGCUGGCACUUAAGUUCUUGAAUGAACAAUGUCCUCACAUGGCACACCUCACUUGCGAAUGGGUCCCAAAAGAGAGAUGA